ACACACCCAAUGAUAUAACUUUACAGAAUUUUAAUGCAAGGUAGUAUCCAAAUCUCGUGGAAUCACACUGUCAUUGCAGGCAUCACCUUCAAGCAUGACUUCGGCCAGCACAUCCUCAAGAACCCUCUGGUUGUUGUCAGCAUGGUGGAGAAGGCUGCGCUGCGGCCGACAGAUGUGGUCCUGGAGGUCGGCCCCGGUACGGGCAACAUGACGGUCAAGCUGCUGGAGAAGGUCAAGAAGGUUGUGGCCUGUGAGAUUGACCCCCGUCUGGUGGCGCAGCUGCACAAGAGAGUUCAAGGAACGUGA